GGGGGCGUGACGAGCUUGUAAAAAAACACACUGGACGGGCGUGUGUUUGUUUGCUGCACAGCACUUCUUUUUCUUCUUAGUGCGGCCGCGACUGCUUGUUUCCGGUUUGCUUGUCCAUCUUCCUUCAGGGGAGGAGGCGAGUCCCUGUGGUGUUGCCGUGGAGAAAAUGGAGAGUGUUCCUUUAAGGCGCCAGCCUGCCCGUCGUCGCUGUGACUGACGCCCCGUGUGUGUUCCACGCAGCAGCAAACAACACACGCACACCCACACGGCCGAACGGAAACACACAUCACCUGGAAAGAACACAAAAAGAGAAAAAAAGACGGGAAAGAAAGAACUUCUUCCUUAGUCGUGUGCCGUGCUGGUGAGCCGUUAGGAUGAGACCUGGUCAUCGGAUCCUCCCUGUCGCCGCAGCCGCUACCACCGUCACUGUCCUCUUCCUUCUCUCAGCGCUGCCCGUGACCUCAGGCUGCAACAAAGCUCUGUGCGCCAGCGACGUCAGCAAGUGCCUCAUCCAGGAGCUGUGCCAGUGCCGUCCAACAGAUGGCAACUGCUCCUGCUGCAAGGAGUGCGUGUUGUGUUUGGGCAACCUGUGGGAGGAGUGCUGCGACUGCGUAGGAAUGUGUAACCCCAAGAACUAUAGCGACUCUCCGGCCACAUCCAAAAGCACGGUGGAGGAGCUGCACCGGCCCAUCCCCUCGCUCUUCCGUGCCCUUACGGAAGGCGACGCGCCCGUCAACAUGAUGGUGGUCUCCUUCCCCGUGGCCGAGGAGCUGUCCCACCACGAGAACCUGGUCUCCUUCCUGGAGUCUCUGGACGGCCCGCACCAGAACGUGUCAGUGCCCGGCAACAGCAUCCAUGCCAGCUACGACGCUCAAGAGAACAUGUGCACGGUGGUCUACUUUGACGACUGCGUGUCCAUCCGCCAGUGCAAACUGUACUGCGAGUCCAUGGGUGGGUCCAAAUACCGCUGGUUCCACAACGCCUGCUGCCAGUGCAUUGGGCCAGAGUGCGUGGACUAUGGCAGCAAGGCGGUCAAGUGCAUGAACUGUCUCUUCUAAAGACUAUUCCAUCCCCCUCACUUGCAAACGCUUUUUAGUCUGCUGUUGACUGUAUAUUUUUAGAUAUGUUUUCACUAAUGUUUUUACUAGAGGUGUAUAUGUAUAAUGUAUUUUUACACACUAAAUCACAGUCUCAAGCCAAAUAAACGCUUGCAGACGUGGGCUGAAGUAGGUUUUCUUUCUUUUCUUCCCAGUUUGCGUGCUCUAAUCUUAGCCUGCUGGUGCCCGAGUCAGGAAACGCAUCAUUUCCUGGAGAAACAAGGCUGUCAUUAUAGCAUUCUCGGUCGCAGGUGUUCUGUUCGCUGACAGAGCGAGAAAAACGGGGGGGAAAGUUUAGCAAUGCCAAUCUGCGUAGGCUGCACACAAACGCUCUUUGUACGUCCGCUUUCAAAAGGCUGGACGCUCAUUUUCCUCCCUGUUGGCAUCCAUGCUGCUGCGGUUUGUUUUUGCAAGGCUGCCAGCCAGGACUGGAUGGACUCAUUCACUGAGGUCACCACAGCUUUUUUUUUUUUUUUAAAGUGAAGUAACAUCUUUUUAUAACCACAGUGACAUGGCAUCAAUAUUUUACUCAAGUGGGAAAAGUCUUUGUUGUCAUUUGUUUAUGUUGCAUCCUUGGUUUAUGACUGCUUCUACAUUCUCAUCAAUUACACACGUGAACAAAAUUGUUGGUACCCCUUGUUUUGUUCUUAGCCAUUCUUGGGCAUUUUAAGCUGUGUGUUUUGGAUCAUUUUCCUGUUGCAAGACCGAUGACCUGCGACUGAGACCAAGCUUUCUGACGCCGGGCAGCGCAUUUGUCUCUAGAAUCCCUUGAUAGUCUUGAGAUUUCAUUGUACCCUGCACAGACUAGAGGGUGUUCUGUGCUCUUUUGU